AUGUUCGCACAACGGGUUGUGGCGGUCUUUUUGAUCCUGCUCGGGGUCGUUCCUGCCUACAGAUAUGAUCCAGAGUACACCGAGUACAACCUGAACCAGAAUCAGUUCACCGAGAACCCACUGGAGUAUUGGGGAUACUGGCACGAGGAUGCGGCGGAUUACACACCUUCGCCGGAGAACUGGCGAAUGCCAUUCUAUACCCUUUUCCUCGAUCGAUUCGUCAACGGAGAUCCAUACAACGAUGAGAUCAAUGGCACAGCUUUCGAAAGAGAUCCGAAUUCCAACCAGAUGCGUCACGGCGGAGAUCUUCAAGGCCUUAUUGACACUCUUGACUACCUUUCCGGGAUGGGCAUCAAAGCAUUGUACAUUGCAGGCUCGCCAUUUAUGAACCAACCUUGGGGCUACGAUCAAUACUCUCCCAUCGAUCUGACUCUCCUCGAACCGCAUUUCGGUACGCUCGAAACAUGGCGUCGAGCCGUUAUGGAAAUUCACAAGCGAGGCAUGCGAGUGGUCCUCGACAACACCAUUGCUACGCUCGGCGAUCUCAUUGGUUUCGAAGGCUACUUGAACACCUCCACCCCAUUCACCGUGAAAGAGCAUCGUGCGCAGUGGAAGACGGACCGCAGAUAUUUGGACUUCGACUUUGGCAACACCUACAACGAGACCUGCACUUACCCACGUUUCUGGAACGAGACUGGCUAUCCGAUUGAUCAGCCUAUUCGCGACCAACUGGUCGGUUGCUACGAUUCUGACUUCGAUCAGUAUGGUGACACCGAAGCUUUCGGGGUCUACCCUGACUGGCGUCGUCAGAUCACCAAGUUCGCUUCCGUCCAAGAUCGUCUCCGAGAAUGGCACCCACCGGUUCGCGCGAAGCUGGAGAACUUCUACUGCAUGUUGAUCGCCCAGUUGGACAUUGACGGUUUCCGCUACGAUAAAGCUACUCAGGGCACCCCGGAUGCGAUCGCCGCCAUGAGCGCAUCUUUCAGAGAAUGCGCCAGGAGGCAUGGAAAGCAGAACUUUUACAUCACUGGUGAAAUCACCGGCGGCAACACGUUUGCCAGCAUCUACGUUGGACGUGGUCGUCAACCGGAUCAGUUGCCCGAGAACCUCACUCAAGCGGUUACCCUUAAGCACAACUCCUCGCACCAAUAUUUUCUCCGAGCGGAACAGGAAAGCGCCAUGGACUCGGGUGCCUUCCAUUAUACCAUCUAUCGCACACUCACUCGAUUCUUGGGCAUGGACGGUAACCUCGAAGCUGGUUACGAUGCUCCACGCAACUGGGUCGACAUGUGGAACACCUUGCUUCUCACCAACGAUAUGACCAACGCCAACACCGGAGACUUCGACCCGCGUCACAUGUACGGCGUAACGAACCAAGAUGUCUUCCGCUGGCCAGCCAUUCGUCAAGGUCUCCAUCGCCAGAUCGUCGGCCACUUCAUCACCACUCUACUUAUGCCGGGUAUCCCGAAACUCCUCUGGGGUGAAGAGCAAGCAUUUUACGUCUUGGACAGCACCAACUCAAACUACAUGUUUGGCAGACAGCCUUUGUCUGCGGCAACAGCUUGGCAAACUCACGGAUGCUACGGCUUGGACUCCACACAAUACUAUCAGAUGCCUCUCGAGGCGGCCAGAAAUGGCUGCAACGAUGACACUGUCAGUCAAGAUCACCGCGAUCCAUCUGCGCCGGUCCGCAAUAUCUUGCGCCGAAUGUACCACCUUCGCGAAGUGUACCCCGUCUUGAACGAUGGAUUCUUCCUGCAACAAUUGUCCAACAUGACCGAGGGCAUGGUCUACAGGGGUUCCAGUGGUGUUGUGACUGACACUGGCUUGUGGUCUGUCAUGCGCUCGACAUUCGUAGCGAUUGCCAACAGGAACGCUAACUUGCCAAUCUGGCUCAUCUUCACGAAUCUGAACGAGACCAAGCGCUUCGAGUUCAACUGCAGUGACAACGCCACCGAUCUGAACACGACUGCCUUGAUCUCCCCAUACCCGGCCGGCACGAAGAUCAAGAACCUGUUUCAUCCUUACGACGAGCACACUCUGAUCAACUCCACCCAGACUCUUUAUAUCAGCAACUCGACCGAGCCAAACGGAUGCCUUCGCGAACUCGAGGUGCCACCCUUUGGAUUCGCGGCAUACGUCCCAGCCAGCGACUGGGUUGGUCCAGAGCCGGUGAUCACCAAAUUCUCUCCCGGUCACGAUGCGUCAAUACUGUCCACCCGCGACAAGCGAGUGGAGGUCCAGCUGGAAUUUUCCCAGUCCAUGGAUUGUAACAAUGUGACCCGAAGCAUUACAUUCGAAUCCUCAACAGACAAUGGCGAUAUCCGACCCACGGUUGAUCGGGACACCAUCAAGUGCGGCGCCAUUGCCAAUCCGGAGAACUCGACUUUGGUUGCGGGCAUUCCAUCUGCCUGGUUCUGGUCGGCGAAACUGAGGAAUGUUGAGGACGGCGUUCAUCGUCUCACUGUUCCCGUCGUCAAGACUCUGAGCGGAAGCCAGUUGACCAAGUCAAGGGACCACUUUCUUAUACGUGUGGGUCAGCCCAACAACCCCAUCGUUUUCACCCGAACAGCCAACUACUCCUCGACACUGCUUGUGCAGGCUUCCGAUGACAAGCUCAUGCUCAACCACUCGGCGGCUGGCGCGGAUCUUUUCAGGUAUUCGACCAACUUUGGAACUAGCUUCUCGGAUUGGACGCCAUACACCGGAGGUAUGACCGAGGUCGAGAAGCAACCCUGGUCGGGAACGAAGAAGCAGGCUUGGAAGGGCGAGCACGUCCGUGUUGAGUACUUCAGCCGCUUCCGUGGCUCGAGCGACCACGUUCAGCAGGCCGAUCUUGACAGCAAGCCGCGAAGACUUCCAAACUUGUUCUUGAACGGACCGUACAACUCAUAUGGAUACGACGCGGGGCUUGACAACACUUUCAAAUUGUCGAACGACGGCGAGUGGAGCAUCCCCUGGAUGACCGAGUGGAGUGCCUCUGGCUCUGUCGCCCAGCUCAACGUCUGGGGCAUGAAUCCAGAUGGCCAACCCGAUCAGACCAUUGUCCUGGGAGAUAUCGACGGAGACUCGGUCCUCGACCGUCUGCCGCCAUCCUCGCUGGCUAAGUUGGUGCUCAACAUCACGAUGCCGCCGCCCAAGCCACAUCUUGCGUGGAAGAUCGCCGUGAACGACGGGAACAUGCGCUUCGCACUGAUUCCGACCGGCAACAUGUGGCACCAGCUCACUCUUUACGUUCUCCUCUGGACUGUGCCGUUAAUUACUGCUGCGCUGUCCGCUUGGGUCUUUGUCCUCGGUUUCUACAAGGUCAAAUUCAACAAGAUCGGCGCUACUGAAAAGAUCCGCAGCGUUCUACCUGUCGCCAUCAGGAAACCGCUCAGAAAGCUUUUCCAUCGUAGGACGCCCUCAUCGGAACGAUUCCUGCAGGAGGUCGCAAAACCCAGCCUUGAGAACUCUCUCGAAAAUCAGCGGACCGUGCUGAUCGCUACCAUGGAGUACAACAUCGAUGACUGGAACAUCAAGAUCAAGAUCGGUGGACUUGGAGUCAUGUCCCAACUGAUGGGCAACAACGUUCCCAAUCUCAUCUGGGUUGUUCCUUGUGUCGGUGGCAUCGACUAUCCGAUCGACGAAGAGGCACCACCCAUGAAUGUCACCAUCCUCGGCUCCACUUACACCGUCAACGUGCAAUACCACACCGUGAAGAACAUCACCUACGUCCUAUUGGAUGCGCCGGUCUUCAGGAAACAGACAAAGGCUGAGCCAUACCCUGCCCGCAUGGACGACAUGGAGUCCGCCAUCUACUACAGCGCUUGGAACCAGUGCAUUGCACAGGCCAUUCAGCGCUUCCCGGAGGUCGACAUUUACCAUAUCAACGAUUACCAUGGCACAGUCGCUCCUUUGUACCUUCUGCCGAGAACGAUCCCGGUCUGUCUAUCGCUUCACAACGCCGAAUUUCAAGGUCUGUGGCCGAUGCGGAAAUCUGCCGAGAAGGAGGAAAUCUGCAUGGUGUUCAACUUGCCCGUUGAUACUGUGACGAAAUAUGUUCAGUUUGGACAAGUUUUCAACUUACUGCACGCCGGUGCAUCGUUAUUACGAUUGCAUCAAGAAGGUUUUGGUGCGGUCGGUGUGUCGACCAAGUACGGAAAGAGGUCACAUGCUCGCUACUCCAUCUUCUGGGGUCUCGGCGAAGUCAAGGCUUUGCAAAACCCCGACCCGUCGGAUCUUGGAGCCAUCGAAGAGCCCAGCGACACUCCUGCGGACAUCACCGUCGACGCCGAGUGGGAGCAGAGUCGACUCCAGCUCCGUGUCGAGGCACAGGAAUGGGCCGGCCUCGAGAUCAAUCCGAACGCUGAGCUCUUCGUCUUUGUGGGCCGCUGGAGUAUGCAGAAGGGUGUUGAUCUCAUCGCAGAUGCAUUCCCUAGCAUCCUGGAGAAGAACCCGAAUGUACAGCUUAUUACCAUCGGACCGGUAAUCGAUCUCUACGGAAAGUUUGCUGCUCUAAAACUGGACAAGCUGAUGGAGAAGUAUCCCGGGCGGGUCUGCUCCAAGCCUGUCUUUACACAAUUACCGCCUUGCGUUUUCACUGGCGCAGAGUUUGCCCUCAUUCCGUCCAGAGACGAGCCUUUCGGCCUCGUUGCCGUCGAGUUCGGAAGAAAGGGUGCUCUCGGCGUCGGUGCUCGAGUCGGUGGACUAGGACAGAUGCCUGGAUGGUGGUUUACCGUCGAGAGUACUUCAACUUCGCACAUGCUCAAUCAGUUCAAAGGCGCCAUCCGCGAGGCCAUGGCUUCGUCGUUCGAGACACGAGCGAAGAUGCGCGCAAUUUCGGCUAAGCAGCGAUUCCCGGUCGCGCAAUGGCGCAAAGAACUCGACGAGCUUCAGUCGAAAGCUAUCAGGAUGCACGACAAGAUACGCAACAGGAAGUCGAUGGGCUCGUCGUCGACGGCAUCGACCCUGGUACCAUCGGAGCCCUCCUUGCCAUCAGAGCCAUCCUUGUCUUCCGAAACCAGCCUUAGCCCGCCGGCGAGUGCUGCAGCUUCGCGGCGCCAAUCCUUCGACUUCGAAUUCCAGACCGCUUCUGAAGAGGAUGGCCUGAAUAUGUCAAGCAGGUCGAGACGGUAUUCCUCCACUUCUCAGGUCUCCUCGCUUGAGGUCUCCGAUGAGGACGACGUUCGUGGACAUCCUGGCGGAGACAUCGUUCCAGAUCUGCCGCCAAUACCUGCUCCAGCACGCUACUCCACGUCCAAUAUGAGCAGUCUGAGUCCUCUUCCUCGCACUGAGAGUAGCCGACGUAUCUCUCGUCUGCCUACUGAACUUUCCAUGGAAAAGGUCGUCGGAGAGAAGACUGAUUACAAUCUGCAGGAAGUCGAUCCUUUCUUCACGGACAGCAAUGGCACCUUCUUCAAGAAGUUUGAGAAGAUGCUCGAGAAUCUCAACGGCAAGAACUCGGAGACAUCCAACUGCAUCGAGGAGUAUCUUCUCAAGUCCGAGAAGGACUGGGCUUCAAACGUUCGCAAUGCCAGACUGGGAAGGAACAAGAGCGAAACCAAUCUGUCGAUUUGGAACAAACGCACAGUCUCAGUCAAUGUGUCUCCUGUAAUCACGGAGCUCUUUGACUCGGAUUCGGAUUUGGAAAUGAACGGGUCGCCCCUUCCUACCAACGGCGAGUACCAACUCGCGCCCGGUUAUACUCCCCCACGAGGCCUCCGCAACUGGAUGCAAAUCCGCCUUGGAACUUGGCCUUUGUACAGCUUCUUGCUUGCACUUGCGCAAGUGAUCAGCGCUAAUUCCUAUCAAAUUACCCUCCUGACCGGAGAGGUGGGCCAGCCAGCAGGAAAACUCUACGCCAUCGCCUCCAUCUACCUGGCCACCUCCAUUGGCUGGUGGAUCAUGUACCGACGUCUCUCUUCUCACUACGCUCUCUCCCUGCCCUUCCUGUUCUAUGGUCUGGCCUUCUUUUUCAUUGGCAUCGCGCACUACGCCGGUUACAACGGAGCCAACUGGAUCCAGAACGUCGGAACAGGAUGCUACGCUGUCGCUUCCAGUUCUGGCUCGCUGUACUUCGCUCUCAACUUUGGCGAUGAUGCUGGUGGAAGGGUGCACAACUGGGUGUUCCGUGCUUGCAUGAUUCAAGGAACACAGCAAGUCUGGGUCGUGGCACUCUGGUACUGGGGACGAGUCAUCACUCACCAGUCUACUCUGGGCCACGUUACAAGCGUUGGCGAUGGCUUCGCAGGAACCUGGAAGAUCACCGCAGUCGCACUACCCAUCGCCGCGCUUCUCUGGGCCAUUGGACUCAUCCUAUACUUCGGCCUACCGGCAUACUACCGACAAAGUCCCGGCGAUACGCCCGCGUUCUACUCGUCCAUCAUUCGGAGGAAGGUCGUUAUCAUGUUCGGCGUCAUGGUCUUGGUUCAAAACUUCUUCAUGAGUGCACCCUACGGUCGAAACUGGACGUUCUUGUUCAGCAGCAGCCAUGUGCCCAACUGGCAGAUCUUCCUCCUGGCCAUGGGAUUCUUUAUCGGCGUUUGGGGCGUAUCACUCUGGAUCCUUGGCUACUACUCCCGAGCGCAUACGUGGUUGAUGCCCGUCUUCGCCAUUGGACUGGGCGCGCCGCGCUUCGUGCAGAUCUGGUGGGGAACCAGUGGGCUGGGCUUGUGGUUACCGUGGGCUGGCGGGACUUUCAUCUCGAGCGUCUUCGCUUCGAGAUCAGUGUGGUUGUGGCUCGGAGUUCUGGAUUCACUGCAAGGCGUCGGUCUUGGUAUGAUCCUCCUGAGCACGCUGACUCGCUCGCAUGUCGCAUUUACAGUGACGGGCUGUCAAGUCAUCGGUGCCGCAGUGACCAUUCUGGCACGAGCGGUAGCACCGAACAGAAUUGGACCCGGACUCAUCUCGCCGGAUAUCAGCGGUGGUCUUGAGGCGAUUCUGCAACCCUGGUUCUGGGUCGGUCUGAUCUUACAAUUGUUGCUUUGUGUGGGCUUCUUCAAGGUGUACAGGAAGGAGCAGCUGCAAAAGCCUUGA